AUGACUUUUUAUUCUUUUCUUUUUAUUCUUUUCUUUUUAUUCUUUUCUUUUUAUUCUUUUCUUUUUAUUCUUUUCUUUUUAUUCUUUUCUUUUUUAUUCUUUUCUUUUUAUUCUUUUCUUUUAUUCUUUUCUUUUUAUUCUUUUCUUUUUAUUCUUUUCUUUUUUCUUUUUUUUAUUCUUUUCUUUUUAUUCUUUUCUUUUUAUUCUUUUCUUUUUAUUCUUUUCUUUUUAUUCUUUUCUUUUUAUUCUUUUCUUUUUAUUCUUUUCUUUUUAUUCUUUUCUUUUUAUUCUUUUCUUUUUAUUCUUUUCUUUUUAUUCUUUUCUUUUUUAUUCUUUUCUUUUUAUUCUUUUCUUUUAUUCUUUUCUUUUUAUUCUUUUCUUUUAUUCUUUUCUUUUAUUCUUUUCUUUUUAUUCUUUUCUUUUUAUUCUUUUCUUUUUAUUUUCUUUUUUUUUAUUCUUUUCUUUUUUAUUUUUCUUUUUUAUUCUUAA